AUGAGGUACCAGAGAUUACCGACCAGCGAAGAAGCUGAAAUGGCGAACGAAACUCUUAAUAACGACCCUACUUCCUCAAAUGAAAACGAUGGUGAACCUGAUGUCAAAGACGGAAACGUCAACAAUGAUUACAUACAACGAUCAGAAGUUGAGAGUCUAAACUUGACUGCGAUACCACCUGGAACAAUCGAUCCAAUAUAUGAAGCAAAAGCUCGAGUCUUAAAUGAAGCUAUUCAAGAUAUUGGCAUGGGAUGGUAUCAAUGGCAACUAUUUGUUGUGGUAGGAUUUGGCUGGGCGAAUGAUAACUUGUGGCCAAUUGUUACAUCACUUAUAUUCACGUCGAUUACCAAUGAAUUCUCGCCCAAGCACCCACCUCUACUCACUCUAGCUCAGAAUAUUGGUCUUCUGGCUGGUGCUAUGUUUUGGGGUUUUGGCUGCGAUAUUUUUGGUCGACGUUUAGCUUUUAAUGCCACGCUUGGUAUCACCGCCGUUUUUGGAUUGAUUGCUGCCGGUUCACCAAAUUUUGCAGCUAUCGGAUGUUUUGCUGCUCUUUGGAGUUUCGGUGUAGGCGGGAAUCUUCCCGUCGAUUCAGCAGUUUUCCUCGAGUUUCUUCCUGGUUCUCAUCAAUAUCUUCUUACUGUUCUUUCAGUCGACUGGGCCGUAGCUCAAGUUAUCGCGAAUUUAAUUGCUUGGCCUCUCUUGGGAAAUCUCACAUGCCAAGAAGGUUCAACAUGCACUCGAUCACAAAAUAUGGGAUGGAGAUAUUUUCUUAUCGUUAUGGGAGGCAUUUCUAUGAUUGAGUUCUUCAUUCGUUUCACGUGUUUUACGAUAUUCGAAAGUCCGAAAUAUCUGAUGGGAAAAGGAAGAGAUGAAGAUGCAGUUAAGGUUGUGCAGGAAGUUGCGAGGAGAAAUGGGAAACAGUCGAAUUUGACUGUCACCCGUCUCCAGGAUUGCGGUACCCUUCCUCACAUCAACGCCUCGGCAACCUUGUCAAGAAAACUCCAUCAAAUGGACUUAUCUCAUGUUCGUGCCUUAUUUGCGACAAGGAAGCUGGCCUUCUCUACAGGUUUGAUUAUGCUCGUGUGGGCAUUCAUUGGUCUUGGAUAUCCACUCUAUAACGCAUUUCUUCCGUAUAUCCAAGCCACUCGAGGUGCUGAAUUUGGAGAUGGAAGUACAUAUUUGACGUAUCGCAACUCUCUGAUUAUAUCUGUGCUUGGGAUUCCUGGCGCUCUUAUUGGUGGUUACCUUAUUGAGGUACCAAGUUUGGGUAGAAAAGGAACUCUCGCUCUUAGUACGACAGCCACUGGAGUAUUCUUGUACGCUUCCACCACGGCUAUGACAUCUACUGCAUUAUUGGGUUGGAAUUGUGCUUUUAACUUUUGUUCCAAUGUGAUGUAUGCUGUUUUGUACGCAUAUACACCGGAAAUCUUUCCUACGAAAGAUCGCGGUACGGGCAAUGCUCUUACCGCGACUUCGAACAGAAUAUUCGGCAUUAUGGCUCCGAUUAUUGCAAUGUUCGCCAAUCUCGAGACUUCAGCGCCAGUUUACACAAGCGGGGCUCUUUUCAUUGCAGCAGGACUGUUGGUGUUGAUAUUGCCAUAUGAAAGUCAGGGGAAGGCAAGCUUAUAA